UUCCCCCAAACACAUGUUGUCAAGUGGUCAUCAUUUUCCUUCUCUCUUCCCAAAGUUUCGGACAGUUCUUUUCACUAUUCCCAAUUCCAUUGUCUUCUAUGUUUUCAGUUUCAAAAAAACGUACAAUUUGGUUUCAAAAACACCCAAUAACUUCAAAAACUUCUACAACUGUUUAAUCAAAAACAAAAACGUUUGUGUUAGUUAAUAUACAAACGUUUUUGUUAAUCUCUUUGUAGUUUUGUUGUCCUACUUAUAUCUAUCUCUUUUACCAACUUAUUAUCACAGAUUGAAUGAUCACAACAAUACCCUUGUUUUUCUCAUCUUGUUUACCUCUUUUCUUUGUUUCACUACCCUAUACUUGAUUUUGUCCAUUCGAGCUCGUGUUUGAUUAGAUUAGAUUAGAUUAGAUUAGAUUAGAAUCAUUAGAUUAGAGAGUUUGCUCCUUCUGGUGGGAUUUUGGGUUUUGUUUAGUUAGUGUGAUCAUAUUGUUCAUUUACAGGAAAGGAUCACCGGCUUUUAGGUUUUCUGAGGCUUUUAUGGAUCAGGUUCAGGUUUUGAUCACUCUUACAAGAACAAUCAGUUUAUGAUCAAACACCCAGGUGCCAAAAUCUCAAUUUUUGGUGUUUUGUUACAGUACCGUUACAGAAAGGGCAUUUCCUGGUAUGAGUCCCUAUUUUUGAGGUAAGGAUCCAGUAAAUUCUGGUUCAUUCUGUUGAUUAAAAUGCAGGCAAGGAUAAUGAAUGGCGAGAAUGGGAAGGACAGUGUGAGCUGUACAAGAACAGGGCCGAACAAAUCUUGGUCGUUUAAGAUCCUUUAUAUUAUCUUGAUAUUCUUGGUUCUUGGCCUUGGAGUGUGCAUAUUAAGUAUGAAUAUGAUCAGGUAUCUUGGGCUGCGAAAUAUGGUGUUAAGAGAAUCAUCUAGGUUAGAACCUUGCCAUGAUGCCUCAAAUACUCUGGAAUGCUGGAUAAAACCACCUUCUAACCUUAUGCAUAACAUGAAUGAUACUGAGCUAUUUUGGAGAGCCACAUUUGCUCCUCGAAUACAAGAGUAUCCUUACAAGAGGGUUCCUAAGCUGGCAUUCAUGUUUCUGACAAGGGGACCUUUGCCUCUUUCACCUCUUUGGGAAAGGUUUUUUCAAGGCAAUCAAGGACUUUACUCCAUCUAUGUUCAUGCACUGCCAACCUAUCGAGCUAAUUAUUCCACUUCUUCUGUUUUUUACGGCAGACAGAUUCCUAGCCAGGUAACGGAAUGGGGGAAGAUGAGCAUGUGUGAUGCUGAGAGAAGACUUUUGGCAAAUGCGAUGCUUGAUUUGUCCAAUGAAUACUUUGUUCUUCUUUCAGAGGCCUGCAUUCCUACCCGUAACUUCACUAUUGUAUACCGCUACAUUUCAAAGUCUCACUACAACUUCCUAGGCUCCUAUGAUGAUCGGGGACCCUAUGGAAGGGGAAGGUAUGACAGACGCAUGGAACCGGAGGUCACCCUUGAGCAAUGGAGAAAAGGUUCCCAAUGGUUUGAGGUUAACCGUGAACUUGCUGUCCGGAUUGUAGAGGACAAAGUUUACUACCCAAAGUUCAAGGAAUUCUGCAAGCCUGCUUGUUAUGUGGAUGAGCACUACUUCCCCACAAUGCUUACCAUCCUAGUUCCUCAUUUGCUAGCUAACCGGAGUCUUACGUAUACAGAUUGGUCGAGGGGUGGGCCCCACCCGGCUACAUAUGGCAAGAAAGAUGUUUCAAAGGACUUCUUUGACAAGAUUUUAGGAAGGCGGAUGUGCUUCUACAAUCAUCGCCUAGUCUUUCUAUGCCAACUAUUUGCACGAAAGUUUGCACCCAGUGCUUUAGAACCCCUCUUGAGUUUGUCAUCUGAAGUUUUUGGAUAUUAAAAACAAAGGAAAACCAUUAAACUGCUGAAUGCUGAUACAGAGAUAGUUUUACAUUAACAUACUUCUGGACUAGCCAUGUUAUACUAGUCCUGGUUUAACCCUUUCUGGGAAAAAGUGAAUACGUAGCAGAACUCGAGAUCACACAUUUUAAUUAACAGGAUGGUUACAUCUAAGUUAGAACAUUUGCUGCCUAAAUUUAGUUUAAGGUUUUGUUUGUUUCAAAGCUUAAUGAAAUGGUUUAUAAUAUGUCAUUCAAUUUUUUUCCUUAAA